AGUAUGCAGUGUGCAGUGAACCACUAGUGAACUUCUAGAGGUGGUUGCCCUCACCUCUACCUCUAAUACCAACCUACAAGGCUAAUCAUAAUUGAAUAUGUGAACUUGAUUCAAAUGGGUGAUACUCGAUAGUGGCACCUGGAUUCAGCUGAUAAUGGAUUGUUUUUGUUCUAAAGUGUACUCCGUACAUUGUAAGAUCGUAUUUUUGGAUGAAACAGAACUAGUUCACGAGUUACAAAACAACAGCAAUGGACAAGCAUUACUAGAUGUAGUAUUUCGACACCUCAACCUGUUAGAAACAGCUUAUUUUGGUCUUCGGUACCUCGAUCAAAAUGGACAAACUCACUGGUUAGAUCCGACGAAGAAACUGAACAAACAAAUCAAAGGACCCGACCCAUACACACUUUACUUCGGUGUGAAAUUUUAUGCAGCAGAUCCUUGCAAACUCCUGGAAGAAAUCACUAGAUACCAGUUUUUUCUACAAAUAAAACAAGAUAUUUUGCAAGGCAGACUUCUGGUUCCUUUUGAUCUAACCGCAGAGCUGGGUGCCCUAAUUUUGCAGUCGGAAUUGGGUGAUUUCGAUCCUAGACGACAUAGUCCUGGCUACGUUUCCGAAUUUCGUUUCUUACCUAACCAGAGUGUGGAACUUGAGAUGCGAAUCGCUGAACUACAUCAAACUUUAGUAGGUCAAAUGCCAUCACAGGCUGAAAUCAACUACCUGGACAAAGUGAAGUGGUUAGAAAACUACGGUGUCGAUCUGCACCCUGUUUUAGGUGAGGAUCACGUGGAAUACUUCCUAGGCCUUACGCCCAGUGGUAUUAUUGUGCUUCGAAACAAAAACACUGUCGGGAACUAUUACUGGCCCAGAAUUACCAAAAUUUAUUUCAAAGGACGUUAUUUUAUGCUGAGAGUGACAGACAAAAACAAUGACGAGUGUACUUACGGGUUCGAAACACCCUCAAAGUCGGCAUGUAAACAUUUGUGGAAGUGCUGUAUCGAACAUCACGCGUUCUUCAGACUUGUUCAAGUUACCCCUACAUCUCCCGAUAUCUUUGCGCUCGGUUCAAGGUUCAGAUAUAGUGGAAGGACAGAGAAACAAGCUGUAAGAGAUGCACAGAUGAAAUUGAGGCAACCGCCUUCGUUUUCUCGAAAACCUUCGAGAAAGUACUCAAGACGGCACAAUAUUACUAGCAACGACAAUGCGAUCUUGUCGGAGCCAAUUAAAAAACAGUAUCAUCCACAAGAAAUCAAGCACAUCUCCCUGCCAUUACCAGUCGACAAUUUCGACUCGCCUUAUGGGGUGAACAAUAAUAAUGCGAAGAAGUAUGAUUCACCGCGUAGUACGAGAAGUGCCCCCUGGUCUCAACCCCACUCCAAAGGCUUAUAUAAUAGUUCUGCACCCCCAAGUCCACGUUCUGUGAGGUCUGGAAGAUUCAGGUCAUCUUCGGUGGACAGCCAAAGUUCAAAUGAUUCAAGGAAUUGCAAAAAACGUAGACAUAGAAGCAGGACUUCUGAUAAUGAGAGUGAGCUUUCCAAAAGUUCUAAUAGGUCUAGAAGGAAGCACAGAAGAAGAAGAUCGAAGAGUGGUAAGAAGGAUUCUGGUUCAGAAUACGAGUGUAAGUCUACAGAACGAAAGGCGAGGUCAAAAAGUGACAACUACUAUGAAUUGGUAGACUCUGGCUCACAAUGGCAGGAGAUCCAGAAAAACAUUUCCAUCAGAGACUCGAAUUCGAACAGUAUUCAGAAAGCUAACGUGGUCAGUAGUAGGCGAAGUAGAGAAAGAGCAGAGACAGAUUAUAAUACGACUAGUAGCAGAAAAAGUAGGCAUAGAAAACAUCGUUCUAGAUCUCGAUCACCUGCAGAUCCUAAAACAUGGCUGCCAAAUGAGCUGAAAAGGCAUUUAGAGUUCGAUUUAGUGGAGACGGCCGGCAUGAGUGAUUUGCAAUUGAGAGAAAUACCAUACACUGUUGUUCAAACAAACUACUCGAAGAAUGUGAAGUUGAAGCACUCAAAUUCUUCUAGAAGCGACAAUAAAAGUCAAAGUAGUAUUUCUACGUAUUCCCAGCCUAUGUAUAAUCAUACUAAUAACAUGUUGAAUGAGGCCCUCACUAAUUUCUCGUAUCCUGAACAUCGCGAAGUCAACAUAGGACUUCCUGAGCCUCUGAAGCCUUCGGGCUAUUAUGGAGGUUAUAAUUCUGUGAAAGAUAAUUUCCCUAAUUUCAAUAGAGUUCAUCACGAACAUUCUGAUUCUGGUUUGGGUGUUGAACAAGAUUGUGAAAAAAGGCCAACACAACGCAAAUUGAGUUGAAUUAUAGUGCGGAGAUGAUUAAUCCUGUUCUUUGUGAUUUUUAUCGUUUUUUGGUUACCUACCUGUAUAUCUCGAAAAUGUUUUAAUAACUAUCAUCCUCAACGUUACUGUUAUUACCUUUCAUUUAAAAAAUGAGGAGUGCCAGAAUGUAAAUAGUAUAUCG